UGUUGGGAGGGACUGCAGUGCGAAAUCUUCAGCAGCAUGAUGAGAGAGAACGGAAGCUUCUGAAUGACUGUCAGUCUUCUGCUUGUGGUUGUCGCUCCUGUGGACAUUUUACAUGAAUGGUUUUUGGCUUCAUGUACACUGCUGAUCUUGACUGCUGAUCCAUAGACUCCUUGCCUUGCUGUUUGGAUUGAAACUGUGUCUUGUGUUUCUGUUCUGCGCUAAGUCUGUGUUAUCUGUUUAAAUGUGAAAACGUGUUUUUAUUAUGUUUAUUAAUUUCACUGAGAUAAUUCAGGACAAGCAUAUUGUUCACAGAGGUGUAGUAUUAUUUUACUGAUCUUUGGUCUCUAUGUAGAUAGAAUAGUGAUGAUGCACAUUCAACAGAGGAAGUAAAAGAUCUGUUCUAUAUUGUUCCAUCUGUUUGAAUUAUAGAUUAUCAGGACUUGUACUGAUACAUUUAAAUACAAAAAUGUCUUAUUUAGAUCCGUUUUAAUACAAGAUUAGGGGCUAUAUUUUUGUUUGUUGAAAAAAAUGUUGUCCAUCUCAUGCAUGUCAUCAUGAUCGUAAAAUAUGAUCUUUACCUUUAUGACGUUAUAGAAUAUAUGUAUUGAUCUCCUUGUCUGUAUCAUUGCCUUUUUUAUACGCUCCUAAUAGAACAGCAUGUUAAUGUAACAUUCAACUUGUAUGUUUGGUUUCAAAUACAGAUACCAGUAAGAAUGUCUUAUUAUGCUGAUGUACUGUACACAUGGAAUAGAGUAGACUCAUUGCCAACAGCAUGCCUAUCACAAAUGUAAUUUAUUUCCUAUUUAUUUGUCAUCACCAGUCAUCAGUAGGCUAUAUUCAGCAUCAAUUACUUAGAGUUUCCCUUUACAGGAAGAUAACCUCUUUUAAUCACAGUCUGUAGAUGAGUAUGUUUUAAACAGAUGAUGAGAGAAGGGAGUGUGAAGUGAGGCAAGCUAAUGGUGUGACCGCAUAACCAUUUAUUACCUUUUAUCAUCAGGCUAUAUAUUAUCCUGUGAUUCUCUUUCCUUUUUGCCCACAACCAACAGAUUAAAAUAGAAAAGCAUUCCUGCGGUGAAGAGGAAAUAUCCGUCUGGGAAAUUUGAGAAUUGAUUGGUUCUAGUUUGCUGUAAGUGGGAGGAUUUUUAUUUUUUUUAUUUUACAGGAAGUGAUUUUCAGUGUUCAGUGAGCCUUUUGUUGAGAAGGUCUCCUCAGAUCUAUGAGUCAUGCUUUUGCUGUGAGCCGGUAGGCAACAGUGAGAGGAGAGUAGCAACACUAUAUCGCUAUAUCCUACUCUACCACAUCCCCCUCUCUCUCUCUCUGGAUCUCUGAAUCGUUGGAACCAAGCAACUAAGCAUUCUGGAAGCCUCUGGAACCUUUUUUUUCCUUUCCUCCAUGUUCUAUUUCCAUGGAUUGUGUUCUUCUUUUCUGUUUCUAUUCUACCAACGGAUUGGAUCAUUGCAGUGUUGGAUUUUCCUAACAGCAACCUCAGCCUGGGCAUCAACAACAGUAGUUGUAACCCAGCUAUGUAACCUUCUCAGCAGCAGAGAAAAUUGCAGUCAACCAUCGUACAGGGCCUGCUGUGAUUGCUAUAAGGCUUUUGCUAUGUUUAAGGAGAGGAGGAUCAUUGACUUGUUGGCACUACAUCUGCCAGUACGUUUGUAAGGCAGAGGAGGGUGCAGAGACAGAGAAGAGGGGCAUGCUUCACCGUACCAAAUACAACCGAUUCAGGAAUGAGUCAGUGACGUCCGUCGAUGGUCUUCUCCACGGCCUCACCAUGAACCCCAAAGUCUCGGCAGCCCCUGCGUCCUCCGCCGAGCCCCCGUACACCCCUCCAGCGGCGCCAUGCGAGGGCGGCGUGCCCCACCACCACAACCCUGCCGCUGACCCCUCGGACGAUGGAGCCACCACCCUGUGCACCCUCAUCAACAAGGUGUCCAACCUGAAAUUCACCAACUCAGGUUCCAGCCUUUUGGGUAUCAAGAGCUUCCCCUCCCACGUCAAAGACCUGGCCGUCUCCAAGCUGCAGGGGGGUGGAGGGUCCGGUGGGGGCUCCGGCGGUGGAUCCGGGGGCUCCAGCUGCAGUGGUAGCGGCCCUGGCUCCAGUGUUCCAUCAGCAGCCUCCGGUGGUGGUAGCGGUGGUGGCGGUAAUGGCCCCUCCUGUGGCUCAGCGUCCAGCGUCCUCCAUCACCACCCCUGCUCCCAUUCCUCCCAGCAGGAGCCAGGCAACAUUAGCCGCGCAGGGGGAAAGAAGGGCAGCAAGCUGGGGCUGGAGGAGAGGGAGGCGCAGCAGGGACAUGGAGGAGAGGACUGGGGGCCUAGUGGCGGAGGAGGAGGUAACAGCAGCAGUGGACUGGUGAAUAAACCCUGUUCCAGAGGAUGGCUGCAUUCCAGUGAGAAGAUCUCUGGACCUGGAGUGACGUACAUUGUAAAGUAUUUAGGUUGCAUAGAAGUGCUUCGGUCGAUGAGAUCACUUGACUUCAACAUAAGAUCGCAAAUCACGAGAGAGGCCAUCAGUUUGGUGUGUGAGGCUGUUCCUGGUGCCAAAGGAGCGCUGCAGAAGAGAAAGCCUCCGUCUAAAGCCUUGUCAAGUAUCCUGGGGAAGAGUAACCUCCAGUUUGCUGGGAGGAGCAUCAACUUGAAUAUCUCCACAAGCAGCCUUAACCUAAUCACCCCAGACUCCAAACAGAUCAUAGCCAAUCAUCAUAUGCAGUCCAUUUCCUUUGCAUCGGGUGGAGAUCCAGUGAGUGAUCCAGACACGACUGAUUAUGUUGCCUAUGUAGCGAAAGAUCCUGUCAACCGAAGAGCGUGUCAUAUUCUGGAAUGUUCUGAUGGUCUGGCCCAGGAUGUGAUCAGCACCAUUGGCCAAGCCUUCGACCUUCGCUUCCAGCAGUACCUCCAGUGCCCCUCCAGCAAGAUGACCUCUGUACAUGACAGGAUUCUAAAUAUGGAGGAGUCCAUAUGGACGGAGGAGGAAGAGGAGCCUGCUGAGCAUCCAUACUACAACAACAUCCCCGGCAAGAUGCCACCCUCCGGAGGGUUCAUAGAUACCAGGCUAUGCCAGAACAACCAGACUGAGCAACAGGCUCCACGGGCUGGGGUGGACCAGACUUACUACCAGGGCAGACACUGUGGAGAGAGCUGGGGAGAGGACAGGAGGCCUACUGGGAUACUGGUCCAACAGGGAUCAUGGGACAUCUACAGUCUGCCCGUCGGGAAGAGUCCAGUACCAAAAACGGGGGAUGCGCCUACGUACGUAAACACCCAGCAGAUCGACGCCCAGCUGCUGGCUGCGCUGCAGGCUGAACAGGACAGCAUGGCAGCCGAGGGGGCAGAGGGCACAGCAGCCAAAGACAGACUCAUGAAAGACCUGUUCGACAUGAAGCCUUUGGAGGAUGCUAUCCUGACCCAGUCAGCAGUCCCUGCCCUGCACAAGGCUGGGUCUGCGGAUAACUCCAGCCCCCUGUUGGUGCGCUCAGCUUCCUUCAAGGCCCAGGAUGAGUUGGAGGGUCAGUCCUGGUACCACGGAGAGAUGAGCCGACGGGACGCAGAGACACUACUGCUGGAUGAUGGAGACUUUCUGGUUAGGAUGAGCACCACCAACCCUGGGUCGUACGUACUGACGGGCAUGCACAAUGGACUGGCCAAACACCUACUGCUGGUGGACCCAGAGGGCACGGUACGGACAAAAGAUCACAUAUUUGACAGCAUCAGUCACCUGAUAAACCAUCACCGUGACAACAGCUUGCCCAUAGUGUCUGCAGGAAGUGAACUGUGUCUGAAUCAGCCUGUAGGCAACAGGAAACAGUGACGAUCUACGCGCAUUGCCUGAUAGAAGAUGGAGUUCUGAAACUGAAACCUCCAAUCCCUCCUGAAAACCUGAAACUAGAAUAUAUUAUGGUUGAAAAAGGUUACUUAACGAUGAUGACAGUGUCUUGGAAGCGGUUUGUGGCUGGGCAAACUCUCGGGCCGCAAAGGAUGAUGAGAAAGAAGAGGUUUGCUGAUAAAAAUUAUUUAUAUAACUAUUAUUAUUUUGAUGUGAUGAUUGAAAUGCUAUAUUUUUUAGGCAUAUAGGUGCAUUUGGGACAUAUAUGUUGAUUUGGUGUUUUAAAAACAAAAAAGAACUACUGUUAGUAGUUUAGAUGAUGAAGUGCAAAUCGACCUCAAGGAGGGGAAAGAAAAUUGUAUUUUAGAAAAACCAGAAAUUUUCAUUUUGUGUAUCAAGCACAACCAGAUUUACACAGUCAUUGGUAAGUAAGAGUUACGUAGAGGAGAACAACCAUUUGAAAAUGCUUUUGAAUUUGAAACUAUUUUAGGAUUAUUUGUCCUUUAUCGCAGCUAUAGCGUGAUGACAUUCACUUUGGGUCACUUAUGAAUCUAGCCUGGUCACUGAUCUGUUUGUGCUCUCUUGCCAACACUUGUGGGCUGGACAAUGACAGUGACCAUAGCCCAUAGGAGUUGGCAAGACAGCACAAAUGGGUUUGGGACCAGGCUGUAAUGAAUCUGCUUUAUGGGAACUAAAGACUUGAAUAUGUUUAGCUUUAUAGUAGUCACAGUGUGUUGGGGUCAGGGGUCGCAACUUUUUAUAGUGCUGUCAACAUGGCUUUAAAGAUACUAUGUGAAUCUCAAUUGUAUUUCCUUGAUUCCUCGCGUCCUCUCUCCUUGCCUCUUCAAAAUGCAUUGGAGGAGAAAGGGAA